GCAAGCCCCGCGCCAGGGAUGGGGACCCCCGGCAUUCCGCCACUGCCUUCCUCUUGGAGGCCAAGCACGGCCCCUUCCUCCUGUCCUCCCUGCUGCCCCCCCGGGCCCCCGGCCGAACCCCCGUUUGGUGGCGGGGGGGCGGAGGGAGCAGGGACAAUGGGUGACGGGCGCUUCGCCAGCACGGACUGGUGCCUGGGCUCCUACUCGCCCGCCUGGGGCCAGCCCCUCUACUUGGGAGUCCCGCCGAGGUGCAAAGCCGCUCCUGCCGCCUUCGAUAACAGCUCCAGCUCAGGGAACAAGGAGUUUUACCCGAAGAAAGAGCCUGGCUUCCAGCCCCCGGCCAAGGAGCAAGCACCAUCCCAGCUGCUGGGCAAGGGCCAGGAGCGAGCUGGGGAAGAGCCAGGGGUGCCAGAGCUGCUGGGACCCCCAUGGAGGGAUGGCCGAGUGAGGAGCAGCUCAGCCGUGCCCACCCCCUGUCCCCGCACGCCUCUUCCCAGCUCUGCCCAUCUCUUCCUCCUGCAGCCCGGCGCUGCGGGGGGCUCUGGGGAGCCCUGGGUGGGCACAGGGACCCAUGGCACCGAUUUCCCCCCAGAACGGGGUCCAGGCCGGUCCUCUGAGCCCAAAGACAAACUCCUGCCAUACAAAGCCUCCCGGAGGGACCCUCACCCAUCACCCCCCCAUGAUGGGCACUUCCCACCGGCUUUAGCCAAACCAGAGCAGCCCCCGUGUUGCCUUUGCGCCACGCCGGGCUGUGACGGGUGCCCGGGGGUGCUCAGCCCCUUCGAUCCCAUCCCCGGGGGCCGUUUUCCAUGCCCACCCAGCAACCACACCAAGCUGAAGAAGACGUGGUUGACGAGGCACUCGGAGCAGUCGCUGCCGCGCUGCAAAGGGCCCCGCAGGGACGGGGAUCCCGAGAGCACCGGGGAGGGGAAACGCUCGGCCAAGCGCCCACACGGCAUCUCCGAUGGCCCCCGGGGGGCUGGGGAGGACGCUGGGGCUGCCAAGAGGGCACGAAGACACCGAGCCACGGCCGUGGAGAGUGGAGGGGACCUGGAGGAGAGGAGGAUGGAGGUGGGGAUGGAGGUAAGGGAGGGGGCGCCCUCAAAAAGCUGUGGCCAGCCGUGGUGCCUGCAGAGCCUGCCCUGCACCUCCCUGCCUGAGAGCAUCCCCCGGUGCUGUGCCUGUGCCACCGGCUGGGGACACGAGGGUGAGGAAGAGGAGGAGGAGUCCCCCGAGAGCACUUGCAGGCUGCUGCACUUCCGCAGGUUUGCCUCGGGGACAGGGGAGCUGAGUGUUGAUGGUUUUUCCACCCUGGGGGAGGCAGAGGGGGAGCAGGGGACAAGCAGCCCCCAACACAGGACCAGGAGCUCAGGCAGCAGCCUCUGCUUGGCCAAGUACCUUCUGGGGGUGCUGGGGGACCCCUUCUGCCAGGCUGUCCGCAGGGACAGGGACACAUGUCCGGGCCCCCCCGGUGGUAAGGCUGUGUUUCCCACAGGGGUGACAGCCUGGAGGCGGGGGGAAGGAGCCCCCCAGCUCUGUGACAUCUGCCAACGUGGCUUCUUCAACUCCCACUGGAGCUGCACCAGAUGUGGCUUCCAGCUGUGCCCCGACUGCCACCGCAGCAGGCAGGAGGCUGAUGGCAACGGUACAGGGGGUCGGGUGAGGCCACCUGAGUGCAUCCCCGGGCAAGGCCACCACGUUGCAUCCCUGGUCCCCACGCAGUUUGUCCCCACACGUGUCCUGACCCAGCUCUGGAAGCUGCUCCACGAGGUCAGGGCCAAGUUUGGUAUCGAGUCACAUUGUCCCUGCGGGGGGGGGACAGCGGAGCAGAGCCUGGCAGAGCCCCCCGGGAGCAGGCAGGUUUUAUCGGGGGAGGCGGAGCCCACCCAGCCCCCCAGCACCGAUGGCGGAGCCGACACCUCCCGGCGCAUCAAGGAAGAGAGCCCCGAGGAGGGGGCAGCAUCGCCGGGACAGCCACCCCCCCGCGGGGGGACCGUGCAGACCGCCACCCUCUGCGACCUUCUGGCUUCCACCGCCGUCAAGCUGUGCCUGGGGCAGGAUGGGGUGCGCAUGGCCUUCGCCCCCGUCUCCCCCGCCUUGCCCAGCGUGAGUCCUUCAUCUGGACAACGCAGCAUCGCCCGCGUGGUGGAAAAGGAAGAUCCAGGAGAAGGCAGGCGGGGGCGAUGCCCUGACCCCAGCCACCCGGACCCUCCCGACCGUCUCUCCGCCUCCCAUUGCAUCCUAGUCCCAGUGGGAUUGCUCUGGUGCAACGAGUCCGGCCAUGCCAGCAACUACAAACUCUUCCAGGAGCACUGGAGGAGGGGGCAGGUUGAAAGAAGCUCUGGAGGGGGUCGGCUGUGGGGCCUGAGUCUUCCGCCCACCCCGGGGGAGGAGCGGGUGCUGGAGGUGGUGAACAUGAGGGUGCCGGAGAGCCGGGUCAGGAUGAGCAGCCAGGAGUUUUGGGAUGGCUUCAUUGCAGCGCGGGUAAGGGCUGCAGUGGAGGCUGGCCGGCGGGACCUGCUGAAGCUGGAGACUGGCUUUUGGGACAUGGAGCUGUGCCGGGUCACCAACCUGCGUGCCAGCUUGCCACUGCCAGAGUACUGCGGGCCAGCUGGCAGCCUCAACUUGGCCACUCACCUGCGUGGGUCAGCCGGGCCCGCGCUGGAUGUGCCCACCUGCGUCUGCGUGGCUUACGCCGGUGACCAGGAACAUCGGGACAAAACCCUGAGGGUGGAAUCGACCGAUUCCAUCAGCAUACCUGGUCCCACACUGCGGGGGGGCUGCCGGGCGGCAGGAUCCUCCCUGCCAGGCGACGUGGAUGGUGUGGACCCCCCUCUGAAGGAGCAGCUCUGGGAUGCGGGCAGCCCGGGCGCGCCCCUGUGGCACAUCUUCCACACCCGUCAGGAUGCCACCACCAUCCGGGAUUUCCUUGGCCCCGGCUCCGCUCACCCCACCUCCCGCCAGGAGUGCGAGGACCAAAAUCAGGAGGGGGAGGCCACGGCGGGAGCCCCCGGGCGCUACCCUGGACCCUCCCUGCGGAAGCGGCUGCGGGAGGAGCGCGGGGUGAGGGGCUGGACCCUCCUCCAGUUCCUGGGGGAAGCGGUGCUGGUCCCUGCUGGGGCUCCCCGGCAGGUGCAGACCCUGACCAGCACCAUCAGUGUGGAGCAGAGGUUCCUCUCUCCAGAGAACAUCGUUCAGCUCCGGGAGCAGAGCCCACCCCCCAGCUCGGUGCCCAGGUCCCUCUCUUUGCAGCUGGACAGGGUGAUCCUCACUGCUGUGCGGGAGGCUGUGAGUGUCCUGCGGGGCUGCGACUAAGGUGGCCGUGGGAGGAUGCUCCAGAGAAGCCAAAGCCACCAAGGAUGGCCACGGGAGAUGGGGCCGGGUGCUCCUGCUCGGUGUUUUCCUUGAGGAACACCUGGGAAAGGUUGGGGCAGCCAGGGAA